GAAUCACAUAUUUCAGUUUAUGUUAGAUGCAGAUCUAGAAAUGAUAGAGAAAUAAAGGAAAACAGUGGUGUGGUUGUCUCAACAAUGGGUCAUAUGGGAAAAGAAGUAUGUUUACAAACUGGUCCAAUGUCAGUGAGCAAUAAAACUUAUACAUUUGACAGAGUCUUUGGGGCAGAAAGUGAUCAAGAAAUGGUUUAUGAUGGUAUAGCAAAUAGUGUGCUAGACGAAAUGCUACAAGGGUACAACUGUACAGUUUUUGCAUAUGGUCAAACAGGUACUGGUAAAACUUAUACAAUGAGUGGUGAUAUCGAGAUGAGUGGGAAUCAAUUGUCGGAAAAUGCUGGUAUCAUACCAAGAACAUUAGUUGCAUUAUUUAAACAGUUGGAAAAAAGUCCUGAUUUCUCUGUUAAGAUAUCAUUCAUUGAGCUUUAUAAUGAAGAAUUAAGAGAUUUAUUAGUUCAAAAUGAAACAGGUGAACGUAAAGUUAGAAUAUUUGAAGAGCCAAGUAAAAAAUCAAUUGUUGUCCAAGGCAUGGAAGAAAUUUUCAUUAAAAGUGCAACAGAAGGUAUGAAAGUUUUAUCUGAUGGUUCUUAUAAACGUCAAGUGGCGGCUACACAAUGUAAUGACUUGUCCUCAAGAUCUCACACAGUUUUCACAAUCACUGUACAUAUGAAAGAAAUUGAUCCUAUAUCUGGUGAAGAAUAUUUGAAAAUUGGUAAAUUGAACUUGGUGGAUUUAGCAGGUUCCGAAAAUAUCAAUAGAUCAGGAGCUGAAAACAAAAGAGCAAGAGAAGCAGGAAUGAUCAAUCAAAGUCUUUUAACCCUUGGAAGAGUCAUCAACGCUUUGGUGGAUCAAUCACCUCAUAUUCCCUACAGAGAGUCAAAACUUACUAGACUUUUACAAGAUUCAUUGGGAGGCCAGACCAAAACCUGUAUUAUUGCAACUAUAUCACCAGCUAAAGUUUCAUUAGAAGAAACUUUAAGUACAUUGGAAUACGCUAACAGAGCUAAAAGUAUCAAAAACAAACCUCAAGUUAACUCAAGUAUGUCCAAAAAAAUGCUUAUUAAGGAAUAUGUUCAAGAGAUUGAAAGACUAAGAAAUGAUCUUAACGCUACAAGAUCUAAAAAUGGUAUUUAUGUCACAGAAGAAAAUUGGCAACAGGUUACUGCUGAAAGUGAAAGUCGCAGAAUACAAGUUGAUGAACAAAAAUUAAGAAUGGAGGUGCUUGAAGAGCAGAUCAAAAAAUUUAAAACCAAUUUUGAGACUCAACUAGCACAAUUGAAUAAAGUUGAGCAUGAAUUGGUCGAUUCCAAACAACAAAAUGAACAGCUUAAUGGGAAACUCAAUGAAACUUGUGCAAAUUUGAACAAGACUCAGCAACAGUUACGUCUGGAGGAAUUUGUUAGUGAGGAGUAUAAGAAUACAGAAAUUCAAUUAUUGAAUAUUGGUACUUCAUUAAAUAAACUUUUGGAUGACGUGGUAAAGUCAAAAGAUGCUCUACAUGAUAUUAUCAAUAAAAAGGCCACUUUAGAAGCUGAAAAUAUAACCAUUUUGGAUCUUUCAAAGAAGGAGAUAGUGACACGCACAAAUGACAUGAGCUUGGGAAUUCAACAAUUUCAACAAAACAGUUCACAUUUAUCUAAUGUUCUCAAUGAAAACUUCACAAAUAUGGUGAAUUCUCAAAAAUCUAAAAUUGGCAACAAGUGUGAAGGUGUUAGUCAGAUUUCAAAUUAUUUUGUAUCUGCUGUUGAUAAGGUUAUGGAGAAAUUAUUGUCAAAGAGUGAGGUUACCAAAACUCAAAUAGGAAAUAUUGAAAAUGUAAAGAGUCAACUAAAAUCACAGAUAAUAGAUGAACUAAAUGAAUUGAAGAAUGAUGGUGUUAUUGCUUCACACACCAUGGAGACUGCUCUUGGUGACUUGGAAAAGACAAUUGAUGAAAACUUUGACCUAUUAAACCAACAAGUUCAGUCAACAUUGGAAACAGUUAAAACACAACUCCAAACACAAACCAAUGAAAUAAUUGAAUUGAAAACAAAAUUGGUUGAGCAUCAAUUCAAAUAUAUAGACUUGAUAAAACAUCAAGCUAUGAAGUUUGAAAGUUUCAGAGAGGCCGAAAAACAAAAAUCUAAAUUUGAGAAGCAACAACUUUUAGAGCAAAUAACAUCAUUGAUUGAUAACUAUGAUAAUAACAGAAAUGAAAGAAUAGAUACUGAAGUUGAUUCAUUGAAACCAGAGCUU